CUUCUUCUUUUGUCAUCAAACAACAUCUCACUCCGCUACCAGAAGCUUUCCUCCAAUCUCUGCAAAAAUGCCGUACUACACCCACAGUCAAGACUCCAUCGACGAGUUCGACGAGUUCGAUCCGACGCCGUACGGUGGUGGAUACGACAUCACUCUCACAUACGGCCGUCCUCUCCCGCCUUCUGAAGAGACCUGCUACUCCAAUUCAUCACCUUCCGAUGAAUUGGACUACGAUCGCCCCCAGUUCUCCUCCUAUGCUGAGCCCUCGGCCUAUGCCGAUUCCGCCCUCGACACUGAGUACAGCAGCUAUGCCCGCUACAAGCCCCGACCCGGAUCCGGACCUGCCUUUGGAGCUCCACAGGGUGGAGGUGGCUAUGGCGGCGACAGGCCUCAACCAGCUUAUGGUUUUCAGCCUCAGGUGAAUAAGCCUGGAUACGGUGGAUCGGAGUACGGAUCUGAAAGGCCUGGAUCGGAAUAUGGAUCUGGGUAUGGCCGGAAAACUGAUUACGAGCAACAGAGUUCCGAAUACGGAUCUGGGUACGGUCGCAAGAGUGAAUAUGAGCAACAGAGUUCCGAAUACGGAUCUGGGUACGGUCGCAAAACUGAGUAUGAACAACCGAGUUCCGAAUACGGAUCUGGUUACGGUCGCAAAACUGAGUAUGAGCAACCGAGUUCCGAAUACGGAUCUGGUUACGGUCGCAAGAGUGAGUAUGAGCAACAGAGUUCCGAAUACGGAUCUGGGUACGGUCGCAAAACUGAGUACGAGCAACAGAGCUCCGAAUACGGAUCAGGGUUCGGUCGCAAAAGUGAGUUUGAACAGCCCAGUUCGGAGUACGGUUCCGGAUAUCGCCAGAAACCUGAAUCGGAUGAAUACGGAUCGGGUUAUGGCCGGAAGACUGAUAAUCCCGCAUCGGAAUACGGGUCUGGGUAUGACCGGAAGCCAACUUACGGCGAGGAGCAAGGUAGUGGUUAUGGAUAUGGAGGUUCUGGCUAUGGAAGGAAUGAAUCCGAAAGGCCUGGAUAUGGCGAUGAGCCACCAAAGAGGCCAAGUUAUGGGAGUCAGAGUUAUGAGAGUCAGGGAGCAGAGGAAUAUGGCAGGCCAGCUUAUCAGAGGCCAAGUUAUGGGCGAAUCGAGGAGGAGGAUUACCGGAAGCCUAGUUAUGAGAGGCGUGGUGAUGAUGAUGAAGACCGUCCCAAGUAUGGCUAUGGUGAAGAAAGCUAUGGUCGCAAAAAAGAUGGAGAUGAUGACUCUGAUGAUGAUGAGGAGAAAAAGCACCGUCAUUACAAGCACCACCACCACCACCGCAAGAGUUACGAUGAUGAGUGAUCUGAUCUGGAUGCUUGUGAGAGUAUUGGAUUCGUGCCAUGUUUAGCUACUACUGCUACUGCUAAAUAAAAGGAUUUGGCAUGUAUUCCUUUUAGUGUCAUAAAUUAUAAUAUCAAAAGUUAAUGUGUGUGUGAUCGUGCUUCUAAAUAAAAUCCCAGACAUUUGGGCUGGUGUGUCUGUAUCACAUUAUGUUCUUUACGUGAUUAUCAAUAAUGUAUGUUAUGAAUGUGGUUUGCUUAUUAAUAUGAUGCUCUAUCCACUGUUUUUGGUUUA